GCGGUCGUGUCGAGGCGGCUGCGCGUCGGGGGCAAGGGGCUGGGCGCCGCCGCCGCGGGGUGCCGCUGUUGGCCGCCGCGGCCGCCGGGCGCCGCCGCCGGGCGCUGGCGCCGGGCGCCGGGGUCGGCCGGCGGGCUCCGCCGCGGCCGCCGCCGACGGGCGCCGCCUGCCGCCGCCUGGCCGGCAGAGAGCCACCGCAGCCGCGUCGUCGCCGCCGCGGUCGGCCGUCGGGCGGGCGCGGCGGCGCUUUCGGGGUCGCCGCUGCGGGCGCCGGCGACGUGGCCUCAGUUCGUGGGGCCGUCGCGCUGCAGGGUGGGAGAG